UAAAGGAACGUCGACAGUAUAGCAGCCGAAGAAUGCCGUGAAAGUUUCUGUACAAAGUACAAUUGAUCUACAAUUGAUAUUUUCCGCAAUACUUAUCUGAUGUUCGGUCAGGGUGUCCCAUACUCAUGAUAUUUAUGACAGUGGAAUGGCGUUAGUAAAUCAAUUACAAAAAUUUUCGAGAUCAAUUCUCGGUAUUGCAUCAAAUUAUUCAAAAUAUACAAGCAACACAACGUUACCCUUUUUGCAGGCAACAAGAGGAAUAUCGACCACGCAACCACUUUCAGAAAAACAAGAAGUAAAUAUAACGUUUGUUAAAGCAAGUGGAGAGAGAAUCAAAGCAAAAGGGAAAGUUGGAGAUACUAUAUUAGACAUAGUAGUAAAUAAUGAAAUUGAUUUAGAUGGAUAUGGUGCUUGUGAAGGAACAUUAAUUUGUAGUACGUGCCAUUUAAUAUUUUCGAAAGAAGUUUAUGAUGCACUUCCUGACAAACCAACAGAUGAAGAAUUAGACAUGUUGGAUUUAGCAUAUGAAUUAACAGAUACGUCACGGCUAGGCUGUCAAAUAGUAAUGUCUAAGGAACUAGAUGGAAUUGAGGUAAGAGUUCCAUCAACAAUUAAUGAUGCAAGAGCAUAACUGAAAUUAUCUAUAGGUUUUUGAAAAUUUGUAUACAAUGUUAUACAUCUCUUGUUAAAAAACCCUUGUUAUAAUUAUUAAAAUAUUGGUAUUAAAAAAAUAUAAUAAAGAAUCUUGUGUUUAAAUGUGAAGCUUAUAUAUAUACAUAUGUUAUAUAGUAUAAUUGCAAUUUUGAUAUUUGUACAUUGCCAUUGUAAAAAGCCUAUCCAAUUAUGAAGAAAAUAUAUCUUUUAUUUUUAAUAUA